AUGCGCAAAGGCAAUGAAGCCGGUACAUGCAUACGUCGCGCUUCUAGUCUCAACGCGCUGGAGUGUGCAGAGCGUAGGAGAAAGGGAGUGCCCGGGAGGAUGAAGAUGUCCAUGAUGCAGCAAGAAGGAGACUAUCGUGAGGAGAUGAUCUCUUUAGGCGCGCAGAUUGCUAGGGUGGAGGAGGAGAUAGAUCAGGUCAGCCGACAGAUCAGAGAGGCAGAGAAACGUGCACUCGAUCCAGACACUGACAAGGACGAGCGGCAAUACUGGCGCAAGAAAGAGGAGCAGCUCCGAACGAAAGAGGAGCAGCUCCGCAAGGAAAAGGAUCGACUUCUAAAGAAAGAGGAGCAGCUUCGCGAUCUACUCCUGAUCGAGAAGAAGAAGACUCAAGGUUCAAAGAAGCCUGAAGACUUCCUGUCAAAACCUCAAGGCGACAUGUUCCUGUCCUUCUUGAACGAGCUUUGCCAGGUUGCGAGGGCGGGCAAGACUUACUCAGCUCAAGAGAUUGUGAGCUUCUCGACCUUCUUGGGAGGGAAUGAGGUUUUCGGAAAUCAGCUGUUCCUUCGAGAUUGCUACUUGGAGAUGAAGCAGGUGAUUGCAGAGUACUUCCGCUUGGACACGGAGACGCCGAAGAAUGGGCAGGUCAUCCUCACAGGGAGUCCAGGGAUAGGGAAGUCAUGCUUUGCCUACUUCUUUCUUCUUCAGCUUCUCGGCUCUGAUGAGGAAGUAGUCUAUCAGGUAGGAACCAAUUACUGGUACUUUGAUGGGGCAGAAUGGAGUAAGUUUGGAGAUGUGACCGUCGUUGUAAACUUUCUCAUCAAUUUCCGGGGGUGGUACAUCUGUGACCUGUACAAAGGCCUGGGGAGCUACGUGAUAGCAAGUUUGGCGAAGACAAUCAUACUGUCUUCACCCAAGCUUGGAGGGUUCAAGGACAUUCUGAACAAUGGGGCGGGGCGAUACUUUCUGCCAACAUGGACUGAUGAGGAGAUGUCAAUCUUCAUCAAGAUGCAAGGGGGUCGCGUGAACGAAGAAGAAGCAAGGAAUAUCGUCGAGGAUUGGGGGAACGUACCGAGGAAUGUCAUAUUGAGGCCUGUAGGGACACUUGAGCAGGCGAUACAGACGAUAACCUCACUGUCGUCGCUACAGGAAAAGAUGCAAGCAGCAGUGAACGAAGACCUGGGAAUGCCAUCGAGACUGAUUCACCUGGUCCCAAGCUCAGACUACAAGACUAUCAGCGCUCGAGCAUGCUCGCAGAAAGCCGCGGAGAAGAUCUUUGCCCGACUUGUCAAAACAGACAGGGAUAGGCUUGUAGACCUUGCCUUCUCAGGCUCUGAUUCUGGGUGA